AUGAUCAUGUUUAUAUUUAUGAUCUACAAGGUGUCCAUAAAGUCUCUUUACAAAUUCAAAAAUGUAUUACAGAGGCAAAUGAAAAGACAGAUAUGUGGAAAUUAUUACAAAAUGAGACGUACAUAUUUAAGUUGUUUUUGCUUAAUUUAAUACACCUCUAUAUGGGCACCAUUAUUUGCACGAAGCACAUCAAGACGGUACUCGAUUUCUUGCCAUGUUCGCUGUAGCAUACCCUCAUCAAUGGUGACAAUGGCAUCAGUGAUCCUCUGCUUUAGAUUAGUGAUGUCACCAUGUUUGCUGUAGCAUACCCUCACCAAUGGUGACAAUGGCAUCAGUGAUCCUCUGCUUUCGAUUAGUGAUGUCCCGUAUCUUUGUUUGCAAUGUGAUUAAUAACUUUGAUAACCACUGAGUACAUAGAACAAAGAUAUCUCAUCAAUUGCCUUUGUAAUACAUUUUUGAAAUUGUAAAGAGACUUUAUGGACACCCUGUAUAAUCCAACAUGUGCAAGUCAGACGUAAUUCUUGAGAUAAAAUACAAGAUGUAUCAUCCAUGUUGCAGUUCUAAGUCCCCGCAACAUCAGUAGUACAUUUAAUAUCUAUAAAUUAAGGGUUACAUUGCAAGUCAUUAAUAAGUGGCCAAAUGGUUAUCAGAAACUAAUACAAACUAUUAGGGAGCAUUCCCAAUGGUAGACUACUACACUAUAAAUAGACUUCAUAUGGCAGGGUUGCCCAAUUCCGCAUCUGGAGGACCAGAAUCCGACUCAGUUUGCAGAUUUCCCUGUUGAAACACAUCUUAAUCCACUAAUUACUAGGUUUAGUAGGUGUGUCUGGGCAGUGAAGUCUGCAGAACCGGAAUUGGGGAACCAAGUCAUACGGUCUGACAAAGCUCAGAAGCAGUAAGCCUUUUUGGGAAGCCUUUUGAUGGAGGGAAGAGGAUGGACACCAGCAGCCAGCAUCCAUCCAUGACACGGCUACAGGAGAUGCAGGGUGAGCUGGCAACGCUGGGCCCGCAGGUGGGCACCUUCAGCGGGCUGCAGAGCGACCGCGAGUACCGGCGCCUGGAGCGUGAGCUGAACCGGCUGCAGGUGGAGGUGGACCAGGUGGAGACGGAGGGCCGGCCGCAGCUGCAGCAGGCGCGCAAGCUGGUGGCUCAGGAGGUGGAAGGCCUGCUGCGGCACCUGGAGGAGAACGCCACGCACCCGUCCCGGCUGGCCAUCGAGGAGCUGAGCUGCGAGGCGCGGCGGCUGGUGGAGGAGGGCGUGGUGGCGCCCCAGCGGGCGGGAGCCGGCGAGAUCAGUGACGAGCUGGUGGAUGCCCUGCAGGAGCUGGUGCUGCGGCUGACGCAGGUGAAGACGGGCGGACGCGUGUCGCUGCGCAAGGCCCGUUACCGCGCGCUGACGCGGCUCUGCGCCGUGCAGGAGGUCGUGGAGGGACGCACGCGCCAGCUGACCCUGCCGCUGUCCGACGACACGCACACCGCCGUCCAGAGCAUUAACCAGGCGAUGGUGCGGGUGAGCGCGGUCCGCAGCCAACUGGUGGCACUGCUCAUGGGCCUGAGCAGUCGGGACAGCUGCACGCAGCUGUCACGCGUGCUCACCGAGCUGCUGGUGGAGCUGGACGCCCUGGACGUGUCGGGGAACGCCGCCGUGCGGAACUACCGUAAACAGGUGGUGGAGGAGAUCAACGCUCUGCUGAAACACCUGGACCUGGAGGGCGAGGGGGACGACACGCGCAGGUACGACCUGGCCCAGAAUGACUCCAUCCGGGAGAUCGAGGCGAUACGAGGCCGCGUCUCCCAGCUGAGGGAGGGGGUCCUGCGGCAGAACGAGGUCGGGGAGCUGGCCUUCCGGCCCAAGGCCGAGCUGCAGGGCCUGCUGACGCACCUCGACCAGGUGGACACCGCCCGCAACCCGUGCAUCCGCGAGGCGCGCCGCCGUGCCGUGCUGGAGGUGCAGGCCGUCAUCACCUUCCUGGACCUGCGGGAGGCGCUGGCUAGGCGCUGCCCCGGCCUCCAGGAGCACCCCUCCCACGGCGCCGUGUGGCAGGUUCUGACCAGCCUGUCGGAGCUGCAGGCCCAGGUUCUGGGCUUCGACGGCAAGCGGGUCGAUAAGAGUUACAUGCUACUGGAGGAGCUGCUGACGAAACAGCUGCUGGCUCUGGACGCCGUGGAUCCGCAGGGCGACGAGAUGACCAAGGUCGCCCGCAAGCAGGCGGUCAAGUUUGCCCAGAACAUCCUCAGCUACCUUGACAUGAAGACGGACGAGUGGGAAUACUGACGUGGGUUAGCCGGCAUCGGCACGGACAACGUGGCUGUAAAUAUGAGUCUGUGUGGAGUGUGUGCGAGUCCUGACCCGGAAGCCAGAGCGCGCCGCAGCAACGCGUGCGAUUCCUGACUGGUUCCUUGCAGGCCGACAAUUUUGUCAGUCAAAUUUGGCAGAUUUAAAAAAACAAAAAAACAAAAAAAAAAAAACUGUGUUACAUUGCGUGCAUCACCCACCUACACCAUUCAGUCACUAGGAGGCGAUGAGUGACCAGUUAAACCCCAGUGAGCACUUGUGGCACAAGCUCUGUGCUCACUGGUUUUGCACUCGUGUGCAUCUGUGAGCAUUAAAUCCAGCUUCUGGACUGUGCUGUCAGCGAGCCCACUAAUAGCCUCUGGGCACAGUGCAGAACCACAGCUGUCCAGCUUAUCAGAGGAACACAGCAUCAGACAGGAGUAGAGUCCCCUCCCCCUCCCCCCACCACCACAAAUGGCUAUAUUAGGGUUUUUCUCAUUCUUGGCAUUUGUGUUUAUGAAGUGUGACAGUGUGACAGCGAAGCCCUGGGUCUCAUUUGUGAUGUGGCCCUGGCGACCGGCGAUGACAGGGUGAGCGAGGCCCCCACGCUGCGGCACAGCGGGGGGGCACUUUCAUGCACACUUUAAACGCCUGAAUCUCUGUGCCUUUCUUCACCUUUAUCCUUCCAGUCCCCCCCCACACCAUGUUCGCUGAAUUUCACCCAGGCUUUAUCUGGGUCACAGUACCGCCCCCACUGAGGGUUCAUGACGUGUGGUUAUGGUCUGCAGCAGAAGUGAGCACACCCUACGGGCUUUGCACUUGUAGGCGGGCCCCCGGCAGCCCCUCUGACCCUCCCCCCCCCUAUUGACCUUUGGGGCCUUUGCUUCCUGGAGUCCAGCAGGUGGCGCUAACAGGGUACACACAAGGGCUUCCCCAAGCGCGGAGGAGACCUGGGAUUUUACGUUAUUUUAAGAUGAUCAGUGACAUUAGUUAGUGUCAUUCUCCAGCUUAUUGGUUUUCGUUACUGCUUGUGUGUGGAUGGGAAACACCUCAGGCAGCCUGGAAACAGGGAAAGUUAGUGUCCAGUGUUGAUAAGUUAUGCACUGUAGGCUGACUGGCCAACCAUGAUCUUGAAUGGGGGGGGAAAACAAAACUCCAGUACACAACAUGGCCCCCGGAGGCCUCAAUCUGAUACCGUCCAUUGAGAAGACCCCCGUAGCAAAACACCGGCAUGGCACCAUAUGAGAUGCCGUUUCCCGCCAGAAAGUGACUGAGGACGUCCAGGGCAGGCUGGGAUCCAGGGCAGGCUGGGAAGGGCCGCCAAAGCUGGGGGAGCUUCUCUGUGGUGCCAAGAGGCUGCCCUUUCCUCCCGGACAAGAAUGCGAGAGCUCUCUGUGCAAACGACGCCUCUGAAGUAUGUUCCUGUUCUGUUCUGUCUCCUUUAACUAAACCAUAUCACACUUUUAUUUAUUUUAUUUGGUAAUAAUUGAUUUGAAAUUGCACUUUUAAUGAAAGUAUUCAUGGACUAAUUCACUCACUGACGAGAAACACUCAACGUCCGCCCCCCCCCCCCCCCCCAUAGCCGUAUUCACACGGAGGCACUUUCUUGCAUUUCCAGAGCACACUUUCUGUUCUGCUGCUACUUCACACAGGAAAUAUUUCUGUUGCUGUAAAUAUUCCAGAGUAAUGUUAUAAUUUAAUGAGCUGAAGCUGGCAAGUGUCGUUUACCAAACUGAUUGUGAUGAGACUUUUGUGAUUGUGAAUCAUACAGGAAAUAAUUGUGCGAAUAGCACACUGAGUUUGUUAUUGUGCUUUGACACGAGGCUUGUUUCAUGUUUCUUUGUUUUUCCCCUUCAGCCAAAUAAACAAACCCGUAUCUUCA